UAUCAUAAAUACACACCCUUCCUAGCGAUAAUGUGACACUUUGCGCUCCUCUCAAAAUCUUUAAACUUCCUACUUGAAUAAAUAUACAUUUGGAAUAGUGGAUAUCUAAAACAGGGAAAUGGUCCACGUUGAAUUCAAAAGUUGAGCAUUGAAAUAUAUAAAUUUGGUGAAAGUUCCGUGCUCUGAUGCAAUAAAUUGUAUAAUCAUGAACAACGUUAAAGGAAUAUUAUUUACGACGUGGAUAUUUGUUUCGGUCUACAAAACAAGAGGCGAUGAAAUCAUCAACAUGAAUGGUGCAUUUAUUUCAUCAACUGGACAAGUGUAUGCAAACAUGGCAGCUUCACGUGCCAUCGAUGGUAUUGCAAACACAAGCGCAGAGACAUGCCGGUGUUGCACCGUUAUCCAAAGACCAGCACAGAUUGUUCUAAACCUCACACGGCCAUACUGGGUUUCAAGAAUAGAAGUGCUCGGUCGUACUGAUUCUGGUAGUGAUCAGAAUUUCAAUAUUCAAUUGGAAACUGCUUUGCAACUAGAAGAUUUCACAUCACAAAUAUUGAAGAACGGAAGAUACCCAUCAACAAUUGCUGAAUUCAACCCUCCGCAAUUAGCGCAACUGAUAAGAAUUAAUGGUACAGGCGCAAAUGACACAUACAUGGCAGUAUGUGAAAUAACAGUCUACCAAAACGCAAGUGGACUACGUUUAUUGGGAUGGGCAAAUCAAUCAUCUACCUAUACAGAAAGUUAUAUACCUUGCCUUGCUGCGAAUGCGUUAAACGGUAAAAAUAAUAGCGACAAUACACAUUUGUGUUCCGAAUGCAGCGUUACUCAAAAUGUGCAUUCUAGUUGGGAAGUGGACCUAGGGCGGAACUUUCUUAUUCGUAGUAUCAACGUUUAUGGUCGAAGCAUAACAAAUGCGCAACAUCAGACCACAUUUCUGCAGGCGUUUAUACGAUUGACGCGUGAUUCAACUGCAGUACCUGUUAACAAUGCAUCGUCUACGUUCGGCCUCGCGUUAUUAUUUACUCCACUCAUACUCGCUAGAUAUGUGAAAAUACAACAACAAGAUGCAAUAAACAUGUAUAUGGCAUUGUGUGAAGUGGAAAUAUUUGCUGGAGAAUGUCCUCCGGGAAGGUUUGGAGACAGAUGUGACCGUUAUUGCCAUUGCUCUGGUAACUGUGAUUCCAUAACUGGAGAGUGUGCUCAAUGUUUACCUGGUUGGAAGCCCGGCACGUGUUCUGCACAAUGUGAUAAUGGUUAUUUCGGCCAGAACUGUUCAUCCAUAUGCCAUUGUCGCAAUAUAUCUACCUGUCAUCGAGAAUCCGGCCAAUGCUCUGAUGGCAAUUGUGCAUCGGGCUGGAUCGGCAGCAAUUGCAGCGCAACAUGUAAGGACGGUUUCUUCGGAGUGAAUUGUUCGUCUCCAUGCCACUGUCAGCCAGAUGUAACAUGUACUCAUACAAACGGUCAAUGUGCAAACAUGCAAUGCGCAGCAGGGUGGACUGGGGAAAACUGCAGUGCAGAGUGUGAACAUGACUACUUUGGAAUAAACUGUUCGUCGCGAUGUCACUGUCGAGAGGAUGCUACAUGCGAUCACAUCUACGGCAACUGUUCGGACAAUCAAUGUGGAGAUGGUUAUACAGGGGAUAACUGCAGUGAAGAAUGUGAGGCAGGUAAAUUUGGUGUAGGCUGCGCGUCUCAAUGUCAUUGUCAAAACAAUCCGACAUGCAACCAUGUCAACGGUGGUUGUAAUGACUUUGUGUGUGCAGCGGGAUGGGCAAGUGAUAAUUGUAGUAUAGCAUGCAAGGACGGUUUCUUCGGGAUCAAUUGUACGUCUUUAUGCCACUGUCAUCCAGGUGUAAAAUGUAAUCAUACAAACGGUCAAUGUGCAAACAUGCAAUGCGCAGCAGGAUGGACAGGGGAAAACUGCAGUGCAGAGUGUGAACAUGACUACUUUGGAAUGAACUGUUCGUCGCGAUGUCACUGUCGAGAGGGUGCUACAUGCGAUCACAUCAACGGCAACUGUUCGGACAAUCGAUGUGGAGAUGGUUAUACAGGGGAUAACUGCAGUAAAGAAUGUGAGACAGGUACAUUUGGAGUCGGCUGCGCGUCUCAAUGUCAUUGUCAAAACAGUCCGACAUGCAACCAUGUAAAUGGUAUUUGUUAUGACUUUGUGUGCGCUGCGGGAUGGACAAGUGGUAAUUGCAGUAUAGCAUGUAAGGACGGUUUCUUCGGAAUGAAUUGUACGUCUCCAUGCCACUGUCAGCCAGAUGUGAAAUGUAAACAUACAAACGGCCAAUGUACAAACAUGCAAUGCGCAGCAGGGUGGACAGGGGAAAACUGCAGUGCAGAGUGUGAACAUGACUUCUUUGGAAUGAACUGUUCGUCGCGAUGUCACUGUCGAGAGGGUGCUACAUGCGAUCACAUCAACGGCAACUGUUCGGACAAUCGAUGUGGAGAUGGUUAUACAGGGGAUAACUGCAGUAAAGAAUGUGAGGCAGGUAAAUUUGGAGUUGGCUGCACGUCUCAAUGUCAUUGUCAAAAUAGUCCGACAUGCAACCACGUGAAUGGUAGUUGUUAUGACUUUGUGUGUGCAGCAGGAUGGACAAGUGAUAAUUGCAGUAUAGCAUGUACAGACGGUUUCUUCGGGAUGAAUUGUACGUCUCCGUGCCAUUGUCAGCCAGAUGUGAAAUGUAAACAUACAAACGGUCAAUGUGCAAACAUGCAAUGCGCAGCAGGGUGGACAGGGGAAAACUGCAGUGCAGAGUGUGAACAUGACUACUUUGGAAUGAACUGUUCGUCGCGAUGUCACUGCCGGGUGGUUGCUACAUGCGAUCACAUUAACGGCAACUGUUCGGACAAUCGAUGUGGAGAUGGUUAUACAGGGGAUAACUGCAGUAAAGAAUGUGAGGCAGAUAAAUUUGGAGUCGGCUGCGCGUCUCAAUGUCAUUGUCAAAACAGUCCUACAUGCAACCAUGUUAAUGGAAGUUGUUAUGACUUUGUGUGCGCUGCGGGAUGGGCAAGUGGUAAUUGCAGCAUAGAGUGUUUGCCGGGAACGUAUGGUAAAAAUUGUUCAAGUGACUGCAAUUGCGAGGGGUGCAAUCACGUUACUGGAUCAUGUGCUUUGGCUAAAAGUUGCUUCACGGGAUUUACCAUAAGAUCUUCAGAUGCAAUUUGCACAAAGUGCAAUCGAGGCUUGUAUGGCGAUAACUGUUCAAUGGAGUGUCAUUGUGACAACUGUCACAAUAUCAAUGGGUCGUGCGCCUUGUUGUCUAAGCGUUGUCAUGACGGAUUUCAUUUCGAAAAUGGACUGUGUAAAGCUGACGACCUAAAGAGCACACAAGCAGCUGCAAUUGGUGGUGGUGUUGGGGCUGCAGUAAGCGCCAUUGUAGUUGCCGCUGUAGUCGUCAUAGUGAUACGAAAGAGACACGUGUUUAAAAAAGAAGCACAGCUACAUAACGACACUGAGAUGACCGAUAUUUCUAAAACAUUACGUUCUUCAAUUGGACAAGAUAACAAUGCGUUUUCUGAUGUCGGUAACAAAGCUUUUGAAAACCUCGACAGCGACUACUACAGUUUCAAGUCCGUCGCACCAGGAAUCAAAAUUCAUUUAUUGUGGGACAAUAUUCGAGAGAAAAGAAAAUAUGGAUCCUCGUAUUUCUCGGAUGAAUUUGCGAAGUUACCAACUGGAUUGAUUCAUAAACACGAUGUUGCUUCUUCUCCGGAAAACAGUGGAAAGAAUCGAUACCGGGAGAUGUUUGCAUAUGAUCAUUCCCGAGUUCCGUUGAAGAAGGAAAAACCAAGCGACUCCGAUUAUAUCAAUGCUUGCUACAUUCACGGCUUCGAAAAGGUGAACAAAUUCAUCGCAUCUCAAGGACCGACUGAAAAAAUGAUCGUUGAUUUUUGGCGUAUGAUAUGGCAACAACGAGUAGAGAAGAUUAUCAUGUUGACAAACCUUAUGGAACUUGGAACAUUAAAGUGUCUCCAGUACUGGCCUGAAGAAAUCGGCAGUGUUAGUACUUUCGGCGAUGUAAAUGUCAAGUUUAUUGGCAUUGAGGAAACUUAUGACUUCAACAUCAGAACUUUAAACAUCCACAAGGGCCAAGAGAAACGCCAUGUGAAGCAGUUUCAUUUCAAGUCAUGGCCAGAUAAAGAUGUACCCGACACAACCUGGUGCCUUCUCGAUUUCUGGAGAGCUGUUGACACUAAUGAUUCCACCAAUACCUCACCAAUUGUUGUGCAUUGCAGUGCUGGGGUCGGCCGGACAGGAACAUUUAUCGCUCUUGAUACUUUGAUCAACCUAGGGAGGAUGGAAGGAUAUGUUACGCCCUUUCCAAUGGUCGAGGCGCUGAGACAACAGAGAGUAAACAUGGUUCAAACAAAGGACCAGUAUGUGUAUAUGCAUGAAGCACUGGCAGAUGCUUUUUUAAUGGGAACACACCACGUGUUGACGAGGCAGUUUGAAAAUGUCUUCAAGUACAUGAUAGGAAAUGAGAAAGGUUCAAACAUUACACGCGUGGACAAGCAAUUUGAUUUGAUUGUGAGAAGUGUAGAAGACAGCUCUAGAGAAGUCAAUGCAUUUGCGCAUGCGUCAUGUGAGCCCAUUUACGGCAACUUGGACAAUGCUAUUUCUGAAAUUGACGCGUACCGCCCCCAAUUGCUAAAGCGGGGAUCAAACUAUAUCCAGCAGCUCGGCGUUGAGUUCAUCCCGGCAUUCGGAAGUACGAAUGCCCUCCUAGUGUGCAUGUCUCCCACUGACCAACAUCUGGAAGAGUUCUGGUCGUUAGCUGAGGAACAUCAUGUAACCACAAUGAUCAACCUAUCAGCGCCCGGCAGUGCGGCAUACGAGACCUGUAAAUUUUUGGGAGGUCGAGGAAGCGGUCGGGUAGGAAAAUUUGCUGUCAAGUACAUACAGGAAAAGAAAAACAACGGCAUUGUGGAAAGAAGUUUCUCAUGUAGAGAUGACAAUCAUGAGGGUGAGAAUAACCUGACCACAAUAAAGCAGUUCCAUUUGACAUCAUGGCUGGAGGGAAGUGACACUCCACCAGAUAUGCAGUCCUUCCUAGAUCUGAUUGCGAAGGCGCUGGAUUCGCAGCCCCAACUCUCCGACAGCAAGCCGAUACUGAUCCAUUGCCAAACUGGUUUUAUUCGAUGCGGACUUACGGCGUUGGUCAUGAACGAGAUGGUCCGAAUCAGAAAAGAAAAUGGGCAAAUAAACAUUGUGGAAUCUGCAAAAACAAUGAAGACCAAGUUUAGAGAUUUGGUUCAAAGCAAGGCACAGUACAGAUUUUGCUAUGAAGCCAUUUUGUCAUACAUCAAGAACGCGGAAACCUACCAGAACCUUUAAACACGUCAAUAUAGACAUUGAACAUACUGUUUAAACGUAAAAUAAGAAAUUAAUAAGUUGUUGUACAUUGUCAAUAACGAAUAGAACUGUACUAAUAAUAAACUAUAUAUAUUUUGAUAACAAGUGCAUGCUUAUCUAUAAAGUCAUCACUUUGUGUGGACAUAAAUGUUCAUCGGAAUUUAUUAUAUUUGAAGUUGGAAGAUGUAUAUAGAAAUGCUAUUUAAACUGUUUUUGUAGAUAUUAUUUAACAAUGUGUCGAUUUUGAUCAAAUUAUCUCCCAAAUUGCGUGUAUUACUUAUAACCAAUCAAAACUUACGAUUGUUUAAGCAUGUUACAUAUGUGAAUACCCUACGUGUUUAUUUUAUUUGCGGAUAUUUAGAAUUUGUUUCGUGUUGUUUUGUUGAAUUGUAUAUGCAAGUGAUUUCUUUAAAUAUUUAAACACUGAUAAACACCAUGGGGUACCUUCUUCACCACUCACCACAAUUCAUUUAUUAAAUUGCAUUUUCCCUAAUAAGUUACAUGGUCUUCAUUUUCGUGUUAUUGUUUGUCUCGAUGCUUUCAUUUUGUGUGUGACAUAACUGUGUUACAGUCAAUUGCUCGAUAUGACAGUUUGAUACACUUAAACGUCGCUUCUUACUCAUUCACAAACAUUGCCUUUUGAUCAGAUAUAAAUGUGUUGUUAAUUACUUAUGUUAUCUGUAUAUGUCCUCAUUAUAUUUUAAUCAGACUUUGACUAUAAGUACCACUCUAAUAAAGUGCCGACACUAAAUGUAUGGAUAUUUUGUCAUCAUAUUACACUUUAAGUUUUUUUUAUAUAGAAUUCUAUUGAAAGAAAUCGUUCGAUGUAUAAAAAUCUAGGUAUUCAUUUUACAGUUCCGAGAAAAAUAGUUUGCAUUCGUGAUUCAUAAACACAAGAAACAUGUUUUAUAGAAAAAUUGAGCUUUGAUAGUUUACGUUCUUAUAUCAUUUUUUCUCAUUGGAUUUAUAAUCGAAGAGGCAAAAAAUGUAUAUAUGUCUACCUAUGACGCAAUUGUUUAUUACGUAAACCAUGUUCGAAAUUGUUUGCUAAAAUAUUAUCGUUUUAAUUUAUCUAACAUUAGAAUAAUAUAUCACAUGCGUUAAUGACAAUUUUCACACGUUUGCUGUGUGUCUAUAUAGCGCAUUAAUGUGAAGUGUAAUAGUAACAAAUUAUUGAAAUAAUGCGCAUUUUGUGACGUUAUGUUACAUUUUAAGUUUGACGUUUGAGUCAGUUGCGACAAAUUGAGCAAAUAUUAACAUGUUGAUUUAUAAUACGGACCAUAAAAUUAGUUAACUUAGUUGUUUAAUUCAUUAUGUUGUCAUAGACAAAUACAGUGUUGGUGCAUAGCAUAUCAUUGCAUGAACGUACGGUCGAACAGAUUUACAGAGCUAUGCGUGUCUUGAUGUGGACGAGUCGCAUUACUGAAGCAGAACGCCGGGUCCGUAAAUGUCUGAUGUACAGCGCCACGUGAUGCCCUUUAUGUUGCUACAUCUUGUUCAUCUGCAGAGAACUGGAAUUACUGGUACAGCCUUCAUACGAAUAUACACGUGUUUCUUUGUGCAGAAAAAAAACAAUUCUGAUUUACGAAACAAUAUAUACUUGUUACAAAAUAGUAAUAAGACAAAAAAUUGAACGCCGAUAUAUUAAUAAAUUCAUUAUCAUAUUA